UCACAAAUCCUCACAAACAAAAUAAAAAAAAAAACCAAGACUUGCUCUCUCACUCUCUCAACUUCCAAAAGUAUCUCAACUAAGAUGGAGAACUUGUUGCGCCUAGUGGAUCAUGAGGAGUUUUUCUCAAGAAGAUGCAUUUGGGUGAAUGGCCCUGUAAUUGUAGGUGCAGGACCCUCAGGUCUUGCAACUGCAGCAUGCCUUAGAGAACAAGGAGUACCCUUCAUGCUUCUCGAAAGAGAAGAUUGCAUAGCUUCCUUAUGGCAAAAGCGCACUUACGACCGACUCAAACUUCACCUUCCAAAGCAGUUUUGCCAACUCCCCAAGCUUCCAUUCCCUGCGGAUUUCCCAGAAUACCCUUCCAAGAAGCAGUUCAUUCAGUACCUUGAAUCCUACGCAACCAAAUUCGAGAUCAAUCCAAGGUUCAAUGAGUGUGUCCAGUUUGCAAGGUAUGAUGAGACUAGCGGCUUGUGGAGGGUCAAGACUAAAACGUCUGCCUCCGCUGAGUUCGAGUAUAUUUGUAGGUGGUUGGUGGUGGCCACCGGCGAGAAUGCCGAGUGCGUCGUGCCGGAGAUUGACGGACUCGCCGACUUCAAAGGCGAUGUCAUCCAUGCCGCUGACUAUAAGUCAGGGGAGAAAUUCAGGGGAAAGAAGGUUCUCGUCGUCGGAUGCGGCAACUCCGGCAUGGAACUCUCUCUUGACCUUUGCAAUUACAAUGCAUCACCGUCAAUGGUGGUUCGCAGCUCGGUUCAUGUUUUGCCAAGAGAAAUAUGCGGAAAAUCAACGUUUGAAUUGGCGGUUAUGCUGAUGAAAUGGUUGCCGUUAUGGUUGGUUGACAAGCUGCUACUGAUCCUGGCAUGGUUGGUUUUGGGAAACAUAGCGAAAUACGGGCUAAAGCGGCCGGCGGAGGGGCCGUUACAGCUGAAGAACUCGAAGGGGAAGACACCGGUUCUUGACAUUGGGGCAUUAGAGAAGAUCAGAUCCGGUGAUAUAAAAGUGGUGCCAGGGAUCAAGAAGCUUAACGGUUUCAGCGUCGAGCUUGUUAACGGUGAAGAGCACGACGUUGACGCCGUUGUUCUUGCCACCGGUUACCGUAGCAAUGUCCCUUGUUGGCUCCAAGAAGGUGAAUUUUUCUCAAAGAAUGGGUUCCCAAAGUCACCAUUCCCAAAUGGGUGGAAAGGGAAUUCAGGGCUUUAUGCUGUUGGGUUCACAAGGAGAGGCCUCUCAGGUGCUUCUUCUGAUGCUAUCAGAAUUGCACAAGAUAUUGGUCAUGUUUGGAAGCAAGACACUAAGCAAAAGAAAAAAACAACCACUGCUUGCCAUAGACGCUGCAUUUCCCAAUUCUAAAAUAAUAAAAAAAAAUUACAAAAGUAUACAUUAUACAUAUAUACAUACAUACAUACAUAAAUACAAUACAUACAAAUAUACAGGCAGUGGUGUUUGUUUCUUUGGCUUUUUUUCCCUUAGGUAGGAAUUUGUCUUGUGUAAAGAAAAAUUGACACAAUAUGUUGUACAAAGAUACAGAAAAUAAGACAUAGCACAGAGACUGAGCCCUCUCCAAAGGCCCAAGUAUUUUUUUAAUGUGCUUUCGGGCUUUCUAGGAAAAAAAAACACUCAAGGAUGAUGAGGCUUUUCAUUGACUUUUCUUCCAAUUUUCAUACAGCAUAUGCAUAUGUAAUGUACCACUAUCAUACUUCAGUGAUCAAUUACA